AUGUGCGAUCUACAAACACAGUCGGCAAUCAUUGUGCAAAGUCCUGGGAAGGCGAAAGUCGAGCAUAACUUGGCCAUACCAUCACCAGAUGCAUUCGAGCUCUUGAUACGGGUACAUGCCGUCGCUCUCAACCCCUCAGACUGGAUGGCGCUAGAUGCACUCGCAAGGCCCGGUGCUGGAGCCGGCUAUGACUUCGCCGGAGAAGUUGUUGAGAUAGGAGAAAAGGUCAACUCUCCUUGGGCUGUUGGGGAUCGUGUAGCUGGGUUUGUACAUGGAUCACACGCUGCAAAUUACACCAUCGGAGCAUUCCGCGAAUACCUGACCGCGGAUUCCGAACUUGUGAUACGCCUUCCGGAUCAUGUCUCAUUUGAAGCUGCUUCCACCCUUGGUAUGGGUAUCAGUACAGCAGCUCAAGCUUUAUACCAGUCCUUAAAUCUCCCGCUGCCCGUCACAAACCCUGUCCCAACAAACCAAUCAAUUCUGAUAUAUGGCGGGGCAACUGCAACGGGGAGCAUUGCAAUUCAACUCGCAAAACUAUCGGGUUUACACGUCAUUACAACAUGUUCCGAGCAGAAUUUCCCCUGGAUGUCAUCACUUGGUGCUGAUGAGGUUAUCGAUUACAAGCAACCCAAUGCUAUUAGGCAGGUGGUUGAUCUCGUUCAGAAGAACGGGCUUUUCGCGAUCCUUAAUUGCAUUGGAACGGAAAGCACUGCAGCAUUUUGCUUACAAUGCUUCACUCCACCCCAAGACAGAGCUCACCAGCCAGAUUAUGUGUACGCACCUUUGAUGCCGCUAUCUGGGCCCUUGCCCAAGAUUGGUUCUUUGCCAUCCACUGCCGUGAUACAUAAUCGAUGGAAAUUUGUAUACACGUGCUUCGGGAAGCGAUUCACCACUCUCAUAGAUCACCCGGCCAUAAAUGGCACAUGGCAACCAUCUGUUGAAGACAAGAGAUUUAUGGUCCGCUUUUAUCGACAAUUUGAAACCCUGCUAGCAGACAGGAAGAUACAACUGAUGCCACAGGAGGUCAAGCUAGGCGGACUACAUACAGUACUGGAUGGUGUUUCUCUUGUGAGAGCGGGUAAAGUUCACGGGAAGAAGCUUGUUUAUCCUAUCUUGUGA